AUGUUCAAAUUUGGUUCGAAAACCAUACAAGCUGAUAACAGCGAGAAAAUCAAAAAUUUCCGCAAACUGGGUAAUAAAGAAGCUUAUCAACUAGCUCUUCAUACACUAGAUCGCCAUCGCAACAAAUCUAUCACCUGUCGCUAUACACCACCUCCGAAUCAUCCAUUCAAUUCCAACCGUCUCAUACGUAUAGUCGAAACCGCAAUCAUCGACGUACUUCUCCUGCAUCCAAUUCUACAAGGUGUAAUAGUUGACGCAGACUCGAAAAAUCCGGCGUGGAAACAACUACAACAAAUAAAUCUAAAUGAACAUCUUACAUGGCGCUUUUUACAAACACCCGAGGACUUCGAUGAUGUUUUGAGAGAACUCACUCUCUCCGAAAUUGAUAGCAAGUUUAAUGAAAUGCAAGAAAAUCCGGGGUGGAGAAUCGUUGUUUUAUAUCAAGAAAGAGCCAGCUUACUGGAAGUACAUUUUACGUGGAACCAAGUUUAUGGCGAUGGGAUAAGCGGAAAAAUCUUCCAGGAAGAUUUAUCUCGACAUUUGAAUACGGCGACUCAAUAUGAGAACAUUGAAGACAACACCACAACAUCUCCCCUCAUUCCACUUCCUCCAACUGCAAUCCUCUCGCCACCAAUUGAAGAACUCUAUAAAUUUCCUCUUAGUAUAUCUUUCCUCGCCAAACGUCUCUGGGAAUUAUUUACUCCCGCAGCUACAUCACGGACAAAAUUAACUUUAGCUUAUUGGGCACCCAUCCAUCUCAUCCCAUGCUCCACCCAACAUCGCUCAUUCUCCAUCUCCAAAACCACACUCUACGAUAUCCACCUCACCUGUCGCAAGAAAGACAGCACACUUAUCAGUCUUCUGCACGCACUCAUGACCGUCUCACUAGCGUCACAAUUAGACGAGAACACAGCAUCUGCAUUUCAAAGUUGUACGACGUUGGAUAUGCGACGAUUGAUAUCGUUAACUUCCUCGACAUCCGGCUAUUCAGGGUUGAAUGUAGAGAGAGUAAUGGGGAAUUAUGAAAUGUCGGUUUCUCAUGAAUUUGAUAAGAAACUUGUAGCUCAGCUACGCGACAAACUCCCAGGGAAUGGUAAUCAGGAUUUAAUCUUGUCACCGGGACAGCUGAGGCAAAUUUGGAGAAUUGGCGCAAAUAUCUGUGGAGAAAUUGAAACGAAGGUGGCGAGAGGUUUGAAAGAUGAUUCUGCAGCACCAAUGAAGUUUAUAUGGAAUUGGUGCCAAAGACUCAAAAACGCUUCUCAGAGACCUAGAAUAUUCUCAUGGUCAAUCACAGAUGCUGGAACCUUCAACAGGAAUUCGAAUAUCGAUAAUGAGAUACCGUCUGUAGAAUCUAAGCUGGGAGGAAGAGAUACGUGGAUACUUCAUCGGGCGGGAUUUGCAUCGAGUGCGGAGACCACAGGUGCGGCUUUUGUAAUCUCGCUUAUGAGUUUUAAGACAGCGGGGUUAUCUGUGGAUGUUAGUUGGCAGGAUUCUGUCUGUGAGGUUGCAAUGGGAGAGCGAGUUACAGCUGAUUUGGGAAAGUGGCUUGAGCAAAUUGCGGAAGAAGCAUAUCCGUGA